AGAAACACACUGAAGUGUCUUCAUUGGUUUUAGUGAUGGAUAUGGAAGUCCUAAGAGGUCUGUUAUUUUUCCCUUUAACUAAAACAAACAAUAAAAAACUUUGGGUAUGCAAGACCCAAGACCUGCCCACUGCUGCCAUCAGCCCAGAGUCAUGGAGAGCGUGCGUAAGAACAAGGUCUUUCUGAUCGACACUCUGUCCGCCGAUGCCAGCAUCUGUUUACAACAUGCUGAGAGCAAGGAAAUCAUCACCAGGCGUGACUACAAGAACCUUAACCAUCCAAACCACACUCAAGAGAAGAUCAUCAUUAACCUUCUGGAUAUACUGACGAACAAAGGUGACGAGGUGUGCCGUAAAUUCCUUAAGCUGCUGGAGGAAGAAGAGGUUCAGAAGGAUUUCCCUCAGCUGAAGAAGCUCUUCACACCUGAUUCAAAAACUGCAGUCACAGUCCCAGAAACUGCAGUCCCAGUCCCUGAAGGGAUUGGAGAGUAUAAAAUGUCCAGCAUGCCUCGUGGUGUGUGCCUGAUCAUCAACAACAUGAAGUUUGAUGAACCUCGUCGGGGAUCUGAGAAAGAUGAAGAGUCUCUCACAAAAGUCUUUGAAUGGCUGGGCUUCACGGUGGAGGUCUACAGGGACCAAACCGCAGAACAGAUGAAGGACAUCUUUGGGAAAUACAGCAAACAAAAGCACGAAGGCGACUGCUUCGUGUGCUGCAUCCUCAGCCAUGGCAACUCUGACGGGGUUCAAGGAACAGAUGGAAAGUUCGUCCAAGGAUCUGAUAUCUUCGACCUGUUUAACGGAACCUUCUGCCCGAGUCUCAUCAAUAAGCCCAAAGUGUUCUUCAUCCAGGCCUGCCGUGGAAAGCAGUACCAUCAACAGGUUAAAGUCCAGUCAGAUGGCCAUGUGGAAGAGAAUGCAGGAGAGGAGAAAGUAGAAGAAGAAGAAGAAUUAGAAGCUGAUGCUGUGAAGAUCACCAUCCCAGCUGGAGCUGAUGUCCUGGUGGCUCGGUCCACUGUUAAAGGCUACCUCUCCUUUAGGCAGUCUUCUGGUUCCUGGUUCAUCCAGUGUUUGUGUGAACAGUUAAAAAUGUGCUGUCAGAGGGGUGAAGACAUCCAAUCCAUCCUUCUGAAGGUCAAUGAUGAAGUCAGUCGAAAAGCUGGAAAACACAUGGAUAACGACGCCAAACAGAUGCCAGUGCAAAAGGUCACCCUGAGAAAGAAGCUGGUGUUCCGUGUGCCGCAGUAGAACAUGGUUAUAACCAACACAGCCUGAACUGCCAGAACUAACACGAGGCUUGAUAUUUACUCAUAAUAAAGUGAGGCACAAAUGACUUCUUUUUUAGAAUAAAGAAAUAUUCUAAAUGUUUAUAAUUUUUAUUCUGUAUUUCAGUGAAGCUUCUGUGUGACAUUAUUCACUGUUAAAAUGUCAGAAAUAAAACUGAACUGAAUAAAUGUAGACGCCUCGUUAUCCAUCACACACGAGAUGUUUCACACUGUGGGACUCAACAGUGACAAUAAACAACAGCUCAAAGAAGAAAAAACUCUGCAGAUUUAAAGUAUUUCAUGAUUACAUGUGGAAACUGUAGUGUUCAGGGAUUUUAUGGUACACAAGAUGUGAUGUUACCCCCUUGUGGUUAGGCGGGGGGUGUGGAAAAGCUAGCAGAAUAAUAAAGCCAUGCUUAGGGAACACAUACUGGA